AUGCCUCUAGUUGCGGCCCAGAGCUUGCGACGGCUGACCCAUCUGCCCGCCAAAUGGGCUUACCCGGCUCACCUGGUCGCGGGACGGAGAGUCGGCGGGUACAAAUACAUCACGGUCCAAGCCACGCCUGCAACGGACACCAGCACAAUCAACAUUGCCGGCAGAUCAGUGUCUGCUUCAUCUCCAGACGCCACGUUCGAGGUCAUUGGAAGUCCAAACUCGCUCUUGUCUGUCACGCUCUCGCCCUCUCAAGAUCUAUACGCACGGCGCGGAACAUUGGUGGCCUUUGCCGGCGAUCCCAACGGGACUGUCUCAACCCUGCGAAUCCUCAACCCCGUCCGACGCGCCCUAGUAGGCAUCCCGUUCCUGUAUCAGAAAAUCACAUCGACUUCAUCCGUCAAUGCGCUGAUAUCGACGCGAUCGCCCUUGACCACGUUCGCUAUCCUCCAACUAGACGGAACUACGGAUUGGAAGCUAGCCCAGAGAAAAGCCCUGUUGGCAUGGACUGGAAGCACGCUCUCCGUGAAGCCGAGCCUCAAUGCGCGAUUUGCUCCGGCAUAUUGGGGAAGUUCCGACGUGACAGGGAGAGGAUUGCUCGCCCUUGCGGGUCAAGGGCAGGUCUACUCGGUCGAACUCUCGGCAGGGGAGACAUACAUUGUGCACCCGUCACAUAUACUGGCUUAUACCGCUUCGUCGCCGUCACCGGCACCGCAACCAUUCCGGUUCAAGUCAACAAACAUUCGGUUUCAGAUACCCCUUCAGCUUGGGAACUUCUUCCCGUCUUCCAAAUUCGUCGAGACGCUCAAAACGAGCAGCGCCUAUAAAUUCGUCGCAAACGCAUUGUACAGCAUACGGACGUGGAGUCGGAGGACUAUCUGGGGAGACAGGCUAUUUCUACAGUUCCAAGGGCCAGUCACCCUUUUGAUUCAAAGCAGGGCCGCGAGGGUCAACGAUGUCCUGACCGCUCGAGACGUGAACGAGAUCGCCGAUACACCCGCCGGUGCUGUCCAGGAGGCUAUGUCCAAUGUGCCUUCUACGGGAUCAGCCUCGUCCAAGCCAGCGGUUGCGGUACCAAUUGCGACAUCAUCUUCGCAGCCACGGUUGUCGACUGCAACCAUCAGUCGCGAUGGAAAGGUCUCGUUUGAGCCGUCACAGAGCUCAGGGUCGGUGAAGCCCUAG